UCAAUGGAUGACUUAAUUUAAACGCACUUUUGUUUACAAAUUAUGUUUGAAAACAAAUAUUAUUAUAAUUUAUUUAACGAUUAAUUAAAUGAAGUGAUGACUGAUUUGAGUGACAAUUAAUUGAAGAGUAUAUCCAUUGAAUGAGUGGACAAAACAAUUACAACUCUUGAUAUCUGUUUUGUGACACAUUUUGAUUGUAAAUCUUGUCUUAAAGAUGACUGACUCUAAGUUUAUGUUAUUAACCGUCGAUGACGGCCGUCGACAACGGAAUCAAUUUCUUGUACGAGUUUUAAUCGUAUCGUUUGUUGUGAUAUUAGGUUUUGUGAUCAUAAGUUUGGUCAUAUCGAGUGACAGUCCGAUCUUAAAGCGGCCAAAGUUUGUACACAACUGCUCCAAGAACUACACGUAUGACUUCAACUUGUUUACCGUCCGCUGGCCAACCACUGAGUGCUCAGAUAUUAACCGAUGUCUCCCUUUUAAACAAAACCAAUGGUUAAUCCACGGAUUGUGGCCAACAUAUGCCAGUAGUGGUUGGCCUGAGUAUUGUUGCGGACAUUCAUUUGACACCAAGAGUUUAAGUCCAAUACGCGAUCAAUUGUUGACUUAUUGGCCGAAUUUGAUUCCCGGUGCCACUGAAGAUAGUUUGUGGCGACACGAAUGGCAAAAACACGGCACAUGUACUAAAAAUCAAGAAAUCAUUUACUUUAAUAAUACAUUAAAUUUGUUGAAUAAAUAUCCGAUUUAUGAUUGGCUUAAAGAGUCAAAUAUAUUACCAACAAAUGAUAAUACUUAUGAAGUAAACACAUUUCAAAAGGUGAUCGACAAUAAAGUUGGUCAUAAGGUUGUCCUCCACUGUGUGUCUCACAAACAAAACUCUGGCACCAAAGCGAUCGCUGAAAUCCGUAUUUGUUUGAACCAUAAAAACGAAUCGCACGAAGUGAUCGAUUGUCCCGAAAAAUCAGAUUGUGGUCAGAAAUUAUUGUAUCCAACACUUCAUAAAUAAAUUAUCAUUUUAUCUUAUAUUUUAAAUACGAUUUGUCAAUCAAUUUUGUCAAUGAAUUAACUAAAUAAUUAUUAAUAUUAGCAUAA